AUGUUGGAAAAUAUGUCCCGCCGACAGCGUUCUUUGCUGUCACUGGCGUUGACCUCGUUGGCCCUCAGCUUGUCCGUGUCGGCCUUCUGCACGUCGUACUGGUGCGAGGGGACCCACAAGGUGGUCAAGCCGCUCUGCCUGUCACCCGUCAAGAUGAGAAACUGCGGCCAGAACAACAGCCAGCCCUACACCACAGAGGCCCCGACGCCGGACCCCAGGAACCCGCCGUCCAAUGUGACGCUGACGUGGCUGCAGAAGGAGCAGCUGGCCAUCCUCAGGAGGAAGCAGCUGGCCAACGCUGUCCAUUACAUCUGGGAGACGGGCGAGGACAAGUACAUGCUGCGUUACUUCCACACGGGAUUCUGGCUCUCGUGUGAGAGGCACAACGAAGGGGAGGACCAGGUGGAAAAGUGUCGCAGCUUCAUCGAGCUGACCCCGGGCGAGACUCAAGGUGUGCUGUGGCUGUCGGUGGUCAGCGAAUUUAUGUAUAUCGGCCUGCUGGCCAUGGGCUUCUUGCUCAUGUGGGUGGAGGCCAUCUGCCUGUGCGCCAAGAGGGAGAUGAACGCCCUCAAGAUCAACGCCUUUGCCGCCAUGUGCACCGUGCUGUCAGGCAUGAUGGGCAUGGUGGCACAUAUGAUGUACACCACCGUCUUCCAGAUGACCGUCAGCAUCGGGCCCAAAGACUGGAGGCCCCAGACGUGGGACUAUGGCUGGUCCUUUGCCCUGGCGUGGCUGUCGUUCAGCUGCUGCAUGGCGGCUGCCGUGGCCACGCUCAAUUCUUACACCAAAACCAUCAUCGAGAUGAAGCACCGCGCCCGCGUACGCUUGGAAGAGGUUCGCGCCGCCGCCCGCGCCCCAUCCUACGAGGAGGUGCUCCGCGCAGGGGGCGGUCUCUAUUCAGUCAGCCAGCUGAUCCAGCUGGGCCAGCGGGGGGCGCUCCUGGACCCACUGUGGCCGCGGGGGGCAAGCCCCGCUGUGGGACCGCUGGCCUGCGGGGCCGGCGGGGCGCUGGUGGGGAUGGGAGUGGCGGGGAUGGGGGUAGUGGGCGUGAGUGGGGGCCCGACGGCGUCGGAGGCGCAGCCGGCCGAUCCCGUGGGCGGCGUCCUGGUAUUGGAGGGGUGCGGCGUGGACGGAUGCGAGGACUGCGAAAGGGAGCUGGACCAGAUGGACUACCUGCACGAGGACAAGGACGACUCGCUCUGCUGA